AGUACGAUUACACGACGUCUUUAGGCUUCACGGAACAAUUUGAAAAACAACUAAAUUAUCUUUGUGUAUGUGUUUGUCCUUGUUGUACAGUAGUUUUGCUUUUAUCGUCUAUAGAGGCGUUGUUAAAUGAGAGCCUUUGAAUCCAAUUUUAACGACCAUUGAACGAGGACAAAUAAACAACAAGCGGCGUCUAUGAAAAACACGGUCGACGAGGCGAAAGAGCAACACUGAGGCCGUCGACUUCUUUGGGAUAAUCGCGGCAAUGUCCUUCCAGAGAGUUCGGCAGCUAAGGGUUAUGAAGUUCCUUUGGUUGGAUAGUUGGAUUCAAAGGAACGUCUCUCCAUUGUCACAACUCUGCACCAAAGCAAACAAUGUCAAGAAGCCUGUCAGAUAUACAAGUAUAAAGAAGGCAAAACCAAAAACUAUAAUCGAUAUUGCCAAAUUACUGCAGCAAAAGGCCAAGGAGACCAAAGAGAAGAAACAAUCAGUGAUCACUGCUUCUGCAUUGAAAGCUGCUACUAGUUCAACCAAACCGGCUACACCAGAUAAAUUGAAUGACCGGAGUGAUGCCAAAGAAAUGAUUAUUUCCAAUGCAAAAAUUCAAACUUCUGCCAGCACCCUUCCAGCAAAAGAUGCUGUGGAUAGUUAUUCAGCACCUGGCACUGCCAUAGUCGAUUCUCCUGUGAAUUUUGCAUAUUCAAAAGAUGUUGACCAAAUGGCCAUGGAAGGUCUGCAUAAUAAGACAUACACUGAAAUAAUGAAUGCAAAAGAUGCAGCACCCCAAGCUGUUGAGUCAGCUGUAGAAUCGCCCACAAUUAAUGCUCCACAAGAGGCUACAACUCAAGGAGAGAUGACAACAAAUAUCAGUCAAGUUUUUGAGCUGUCUUCAGCAAACCUCUCAGAAGUCAUUCCAUUUUAUGAUGAUGUUGCUUCUGCCUCUGAAAAACAUGCUGGAGAAACUAGUGAUGGAAGAGUUUACAUGCCUGAUGUUAUGGUGACUUCCAAAGUUAUGGCAACUCCUCAAGUUUCAUCUGCACAUGAGAACAGUCAGGAGCCUUUUGAUGUUUCAGAAGUGGUUGCAGUGAUCAGUGCAUCAACUUUUAUAAACAUUGCACAGUACUCUUCACAGUCUCAGUUCACUCAGUCUCAAGACUUUCUAGCUCCCACUUGGUCUUCAAGUGUCAAAGCAGACAAACCAUCUUCUGGCCAAGAGAUCAUAGAUCAGGCAGUUGGGUCUUUUCCAGAGGGCACAGCUGACUCCAUACUAGAUAUUGCUAGUGCUGAAGCUGUGGCAGUUACUUCUGGAGAAGUUCCAACCCUUCGAGACGUUUGCCAUGAAGAAGCCAUUCAGGUCUUUGACCCCAUGCCUGAAGUCUCUUCACCUCAAUCAAUUGAGGAUCUUCCUAUUGUUGAGACCACAUCUGUCUCUCUAAGUAAAGCCGUGAAGGUAGAUCCUCUGUCGGAAAUGGCUGGUGAUGCUCAGCGAUCCAUCAGUCUGAAGGACCCAAUUCUAGUGCAAACUGAUGUUUUAGAGGAAGAGGAACAGACAGAGGCAACUGAGGAGUUGACUGAGGCACAACUGGAUUCAAUACAGAGACUCUUUCUCGACAAGCUAAGGGAAUACUCUACAAAGAGCCAAGCCUCUGGUGGCCCUGUAGAUGCUGGACCAGAAUAUGAGAACGCUUUAAGUGAAGAACUAACCAAACUCCAGAGACUCUAUGGGAGUGGAGACUUAACCAAGUUCCCAGAAUUUAAGUUCUCUGAGCCUGUACUGGAUGAAAGCAGCUCAAAAUGAAAAGCACACCAUGACAUUGUCAUAGAAGUAUGUCAUUUAUGAUAUGUUUUAAGAGGCACUAAUAUUUGAUUAUA